UUUGUGUGGGAUGGCCGAUACAAACCUAGGAGGAAGACAAGGCUUGAUUAUGAUUAUGGGAAAUAUGAAUAGCCGCAGACGCCGCCGAGAAAGAGAAAGACUAGGUAGGAGAGUACACAGGACUAGGAAGAGAAUCCUGCAUGUCGGGCCGCCACCAAGUCGUCAUCUCUGGGCAUGCAGACAUUGCGAAACAUUGUCAAUAUUAUCUUGCAGUUCACCGUAGUAGUUCAUCGAGGGUUCAGUCGAGUCAAGUGGUGGGUUUAUCCCUGAUCACGGGCAUAAGAGUUGUAUGGUAUUGUGUAUGCUUGUGGUAUGAUGGAUGUUCUCUGCAGUGCAACCACAUUAGCCUCAAUAUAGAAGUCAUUAUUUACAGUAUGUAUGUACACAGUAUGUGCAUAUCCAUGUUGUCCAUCUAUCGGAAUCAAAAUCACCAGGUAACUUGUAGAUAUCUUUCUAUGCAUCCAUCCAUCCAUCCAUCAUCCAGCUCUGCCGAGUGUUAUCGCGACCACAAACACGCGUCGUGUGAUUCCACCCUCCAUCUCCUUCUCCUCCCCCUCCUCCCUCCCUCCCUCCCUUUCUUCAUCCCUUCCUCUCCCCACCAUCACCCAUCCAUCCCUCUAACCAACCUCCAUCCUCAUCGACACACCCUUGUGGUGUUCUCGUGAGGUCACCUUCGCUUGUCAUCGAGUCUAUCACCUUUGAAGU